GAAAACAGCCGGCAGCGGAUGAAGUUGAAACAACAUCCUGUCCCAAAUUACUGGCACUUUUACACAAAAAGCUUUAGCCAUGGGGAUUUUCUCUUGGUUUAGGGGAAGCAGCAGCAACAACAGCAACUCCGGUAACCCUCAAACCAAUCCGGCGAAAAAAUCCGAACCCAAAUCGCAAUUAUCUUCUUCUGAGGUGCCUGGCAUGAACGGAGCGGUGGAGGUUCGGCGCCCCAACCCACCACCUGAUAUCACUGUCUUCGAAUUCGGCUCCGUCGCCGCGUCAGCCGAUAAGGUUACUCUCGCCGGCUACUGCCCUGUUUCCGACGACCUUGAACCUUGCCGCUGGGAGAUUCUUCCGGCGAGUGGCUCUGAGGCCCCCCAGUUUCGCGUUGUCUUUUGAUGUAAAAUUGGGAUAAUUUUUUACUUCAGGAAAGUGAAGGGAGGAAUUUUGAGCUUAGCUUGCAACGAAAUGGUGAGAAGAGUGAAAGUUUUUAUGGUUUUUUGUUCUAUCUCAAAAGCCCUAUUUUAGUUGUGAAACGGUUUCUUGUAAUCUUCUGUAACUUGAUACUACUAUAAAAGUAACCCUUUUUAACUCUCUUGGAGUGUCUUCGAUUUAAUCUUUUGUGCCCAUUGUCGUUUUUUAGUCUAACGCUAUAAGCAAUAAGUUUUUCAUGAGAAAUUAAUAGAUGUUGCGC